UCUGAUCGUCUCCUCCAAUGGGUUUCGAGAAAGAGAAGAGAGGACGCGAGGAUGAUGCGAUAAGUUUACAUUUGAGAUCUUCCCACAUAUUGGAUAUUUUAAAGGCCCAGUGCAGUCAAAAUUCAGUUUAAAGGACCUUCACGCUUCUGACACACCGACAGCUUUUGGCAUUUUGGUACAGUAGAAUUACAUUAAUUUCCAAUGAAACGCUGCGUUUGCCUUGCGACAUUGCGUUGCGGGUGCAGUGCAUACAUUGGAUUUAUCGAACGUAUGCGUCAAACGGUAUGCGUAGACGGUUUGACAGCAAUGGUUGCAGAAGGUGAAUGUUGAACUUUUGUUGCAUACAUAUCCAGAUGCUGCGUACUAUUGUGUUCGAAGCGUUAACGCCUCAUAUCCACCAGAUGCAUCGAGCUCUUUCUGUUCCACGGAGGUCAUUCAUUUUCAAUGGAGAAGUCCGCAACGCUACUUUGGCGGUGCCAUAGUAGGUUGUGGUGCAUUCUCUGUACCGCAUGCAUUCAAUAUUUCUUAUCCUGCAUUGCUUUACCUUGCGGUGGUACAAACAGAGGUACACACAGACUCCAACUAGCUAUCUUUUAGCAAGUUGAAAGCGAAGCAAGUGCCUCAAGUACAGAAAAUGGGGACUAGACACAGCAAAACAUCUGCAUCAGAUGGACAUUGUGCAUAAAGGUCCAAUGCGGACGUUUUUAUCUCAUUAUCAAAUAAUUUCUUAUGUGUAACAAAUUAAUUAAAUAAUUAAAAUUGUCAAAUUAACAAAAACAGCUUCUUAGCUAAAUGUAAUUUCUCAAGCAAUAAUUUUGUUAGGACUGUCUGGGAGUGGUCUGAGAGAGGGGCCUAAAUGAUAGGGAUUUGUAACCUAAAAGCGAGUUGUUAUUGGCAGAGAAGAGGGCAAACAAUCUUUUCAAACAGCUCUUUGAUGAAAAGUGCAUUUUCAUAAUUUCCCAGUGUUAUUUCAACCUCAUAGUCGGGAUAUAUAUAAAGCACAGUAAAAUCACGUGUUUGACUGCACUGGGCCUUUAAGGUAUCUCAUAGGACCCAAUUUACGGCAAUUGGCAGAAUCCUUCCGGACGUAGUUUGUGAUGCACCAAAAUAGCUGCUGUCCAUUUUCGUGCUGAAUGGUUUUUUUAAGAACUUGCGAAGUGUGGGUUUAAACUUAGUAAAUAUAAUCGAAUACAUUUAGGAGUAAGAACUUGAGUUGACGACGGUGUCGUUUUCAGUAUGUUUGCGAAGUCCAACACAGUGAUUAAACGCUCCGAUAGGCGAGGAGUCACUCGUUCCACAUUACACUCAACGAUUUACAAUGGAGUUGAGCGACGACGAGUAGUGUGGUGGGCCGACUGGAGCUCCGACGUUUUAAUGAAAAAACGACACAUUUCAGCACCCAAAGAAUAGGCAGCAAUUACACACGAUAUGUUCUAUUCGCCGCUCAACUCAACAGGCAUCCAGCCUCUUUGGUAGCUAGAAAGCUAGCCAGAAUGAGAGGAGUCUGGAAAAGACAUGCAAUUUCAUAUAUGCUAGAUUGUGACUGAGAUCUGUAGGACGUUCCAUUUGAUUUCAAUCACUUUUUGACCGCACCCCUUUUUAAUUUGAACAAAACCUCCCAUACAUAUUUGCUCAUGGUAGAAGUGGUCAGAAAGUGACUCUUAGGACCUGAAUGCCAGAACAUUCAGUAGAGGAGGUGCCUAAAAUUGGCAAUUUUUGCUUACCAUGAGACAUCCAUGUCUUCAUCAGUGGAAAAAAUUAACGGUCGAGUUUGAUAUAAUUUAAGAGCUUACAAGAGUUUUUUCAAACUAUUUGAUCAUUUCUAUAACUUUAAAUUGUUUUUGUAUCUUUAACUUAAAUUAUCAAAAAAUGCAUAAACUCAGAUUAUUUUCAAUUUUCGCCUAUGUUGUAGUUUAUGUGGCGUUAAAACAACUGGGGGCUCUGAACAUUACCAGGUCAAAUCAUGACAUCAGUGAUCUUCAGGUCAGAAAGUAGGAGCUCUAGAAAGAGGCCCGAAUUCUGAGUUGGAUGACUGUUCAAAUAGAUUUUUCCCCAGUCGGAUCUCGCUUUUCUUCGAGGUCCCAGUUGUUUUUAAUGCACUUAAGUCACAGAGAGUUCCGAGCCCCCAGUUGUUUUGAACACAGCAUUAGACCCUAUUUUAUAUCAUCCGAAGUGUUUGACUUUUGGCCGCCAUCGGUUGAAACCAUAGAGCUAGAUAAGAGGACUCGGCUUUGUGUCUGUGACAGCAUGGGCAGUGCCAUUGAGGCUAUCUCCAUUUGACGUAGUCCAUUUUCAUGACUCCAACAGGGUCACCAGGAGAGAUCAGCCAAUGAAGUUGAAGUCAUACCUGUUGACUACAUUAAAAUGGUGGAAGCCCUCAAUGACGCCUCCCAAGCUAAUACAGCUUUUUGGCCACUAUGAUUCAUUAUGAUUGAGACAGCAUGCUCUUAACACAAGGUGGGUGUUAAAUGUACUAAAAUGGGAAUCAAAUGGUACACAAAGAUGGUUGGAUGUCUACACAUCAGAUAAUAUUGACUUGAAUGGGAAUAUCAGUUCUUUUAAAGUACACUUGUCAAUCUUCCAUAGGAAACCUAUUGAAAUAAUAGAAAUAUUGAUAAUAGAAUAGACAUUCCCAUUUAAGUUGACAUUUGACGAUGGGUGGACCAACGGCCAUCUUUGUGGUAGUAAUUAAAUUGCAAUUUCUAAAUUGCAGUGGUCUGAAGGAUAGGUUCAUUCUAUUAAUUAUAUUUCUAUGAUUGAAAUGACACCCACCCUGAUAUCAAACUCAACCGUUUUGUAUUUUCCAGUGAUGAAGACAUGUAUGUGUCAUGGUGUGGUAUGCAAAAUGGGCAAACUUUCGGCACAAAUUUCCUGAAUGUUUUUGCAUUCAGGUCCAAAAAGUCACUUUCUGACCACUUCUAACAUGGGCAAAUAUGUAUGGAAAGUUCCAUUCAAAUGUCAAGGGUGAGGUCAAAAAGUGAUUGAAAUCAAAUGGAAUAACCCCUGUUCCAUUUUCUAGAGUCACACUCACAAACAACUAAAGAUGUACAUGGUGCUUAUAAUUCACUUAGGAUUUUUGUGGAAUGAAGCAUCACAACAUUUCCUGAAAACCUUUUCACAUAGAUUACAACAAUAUUUCAUAUUGACCCUCUACCCACCUUAGGAGGAAGCUGAAAGCUGACAUAUCCACAGCCUUUCCCUCUCUGUCUGUGGAGGAACUGUCCGAGUUGGUCCCAGACAAAGAGGAGCUGAAUGUAGUGAAGAUCUAUGCCCACAAGGGAGAUGCAGUCACCCUCUACGUGCUUCAUAAGAACCCAGUGUUCUUUGAGCUGGAAAAACGUGUCUAUCUCACAGGUAGGGUUUAAGUCUACAUGUCUAUCCCACAGGAAGGGUUACAGUCAAUAUGUCUAUCCCACAGGAAGGGUUACAGUCAACAUGUCUAUCCCACAGGAAGGGUUAAAGUCAACAUGUCUAUCCCACAGGAAGGGUUACAGUCAACAUGUCUUAUCCCACAGGAAGGGUUACAGUCAACAUGUCUAUCCCACAGGAAGGGUUACAGUCAACAUGUCUUAUCCCACAGGAAGGGUUACAGUCAACAUGUCUAUCCCACAGGAAGGGUUAAAGUCAACAUGUCUAUCCCACAGGAAGGGUUAAAGUCAACAUGUCUAUCCCACAGGAAGGGUUACAGUCAACAUGUCUAUCCCACAGGAAGGGUUACAGUCAACAUGUCUAUCCCACAGGAAGGGUUAAAGUCAACAUGUCUAUCCCACAGGUAGGGUUACAGUCAACAUGUCUAUCCCACAGGUAGGGUUACAGUCAACAUGUCUAUCCCACAGGAAGGGUUACAGUCAACAUGUCUAUCUCACAGGAAGGGUUACAGUCAACAUGUCUAUCCCACAGGAAGGGUUACAGUCAACAUGUCUAUCUCACAGGAAGGGUUACAGUCAAUAUGUCUAUCCCACAGGAAGGGUUACAGUCAAUAUGUCUAUCCCACAGGAAGGGUUACAGUCAACAUGUCUAUCCCACAGGUAGGGUUAAAGUCAACAUGUCUAUCCCACAGGUAGGGUUACAAUCAACUUGUCUAUCCCACAGGAAGGGUGGGGCGGUAGGGUAGCCUAGUGGUUAGACUGUUGGACUAGUAACCGGAAGGUUGAAAGUUCAAACCCCUGAGCUGACAAGGUACAAAUCUGUCGUUCUUCCCCUGAACAGGCAGUUUACCCACUGUUCCUAGGCCGUCAUUGAAAAUAAGAAUUUGUUCUUAACUGACUUGCCUAGUUAAAUAAAGGUUAAAAAAAAGAAAAGGGGUUACAGUCCAAAUGUCUCAAGUGGCAGAGAUGCACUGACCAUACAACUCAGGAAAAAAAUAGAAAUCUUGACUACUGUAUGUCUUGUUGUUUUCCAAUGUCCCCGUCUUGCCAGCAUUCACAACAUGGCCUCCAGUGUUACAGAAGCUGGCUGGAGGGGCAGAUCUCAUGCUGCCUGGAGUGGUGGUGCCUCCAAGUGGUCUCCCAGAGGUGAAGAAGGGGGACUUCUGUGCUGUUAAAGUUGUUAGCAACAGGACGCUAGACAAAACGCAGCACUGCCACCAGCUGGUCUUCCCUGGCCAGCCACCCGUAGUAGAGAAGGGCCACAUUGAGCCCAUAGACAUCUCUGUGGCCUUCAGGAACUCCAAGACGGUGACCAUGAUAAAGAACCUGGAGGUGUAUGGUGUGGACCCCAUGGCCGUAUCGUUAGCCCUGCAGCACAGAGUCCACGCCAGCUCAGCCCUGAACUCUGUCCCUGGCUCAAAGGACCGUGUCCUGGUCCAGAUACAAGGAAAACGGGUCCAGCAAGUCGGCAAACUGCUGCUACUGUAGGUUCGCAAACAUUUCCUAUUGGUAACCACAUGACAAGACUGUCUUAAUACCAACUCUUGAUUUAACAGGUGUUUAUGUGCAUCAUUUCUAAGGCUUUCCCCCACUUUAUUUUUCCGAUAAGUACCAAAUUCCCCGCAAGUACAUCCAGUGUCUAGACAAAGUUCAGAAGCCUGAAAAGAAGAAAUAAUAGAACCUCAACAUUUCAUCAACAAGUAUGUAUAGCUGUGUAAACAAAUUGUAUACAAAUUGUCUAUCAUGAAAUAAAGUUUACU